AUGGCAUCGGUAGCAGCAGUAGCCUUACCGCGCGCUAUAUUGCGCUCGGCUCAAAGGCCGUCCGCUGCAGCUGUUCGACUCCUCCUGCUCCGCCGUCCACUAAGCAGCACCCGUGCCGCGCAGGCGGAUGUCUUUGCGCACAACCCGCCGCCCAUGGAGCCGCACAAACAACGCGGCCCGCAAGACAUUGGAGUCGGUGAACUCGAGGGCACUGAGUUUCGUGUUGAGCCAAUGCGCCGGGCCGGCGAGGAUGACACUACUAUGCGCGCCCGGCUAGUCUACCAGAGCCGCAAGCGUGGAACUCUCGAAUCAGACCUUCUACUCUCCACCUUUGCAGACGAGUAUCUAUCCACUAUGACCCGCGAGCAGAUGGAGCAGUACGACCGCUUCCUCGACGAAAACGAUUGGGACAUAUACUACUGGGCCACUCAAGAGCCCCCCUCCAACACCCCCUCUUCUUCCGAGGCACCCCCCUCUAUAACAACCCAAGACACCAACUCCGCAGACUAUGCCGGCGGUGCCGAAGCUGCCAUCUCGGAAGCUACGCCUCUGGACACUACUUCUUCCAGCCCGGUAACCAUUACAACCACUACCUCAGAGCACCUAACCACAGGCGGCGCCCCGCUCUCAGGCGACUCGUCCCACAAGGAUCCCGCAGCGGCGGGGAACGCUGCCGCCGCCGCUUCUGCGGAACCGUACCGCACGCAGGCCGAGACGGGCGAAUGGGCGCAGACGGUGGGGACUUUUAAGCCGGCGUAUCGGCCUGUGCCCGCGCGGUGGCGUGACAGUGAGGUGCUACGAUUACUGCGGGAGCAUGUGAAGGCGCGGUCGAAGGAAAGGGGCGGUAUGGCGUUUAUGCCUUCGUUGCGAUGA